AUGAGGAGUGGCGUUGAGGAUGAGGAAAAGCGUUCAAAAUGGACUUCACACUUUGAUUCAGUGUGGGAAAGCCCUUACCUAGAUAAUCUCAUCAAUGUUUGGCCCCGUUUCCACUCAUCGUCUGCCCUCUGCCCUCAUCGUUUGCCCCCAUCUUCAACCUCUGGCCUCAUCGCAUGGUCUGCCUUCGAGGCAGACAAGUUCUGCCUGUAUGACUUCGUGUCAUCCAGCGCUAUCUGGCCGUCUGACUACGAGUCAGAUUACGGUCUACCUACCUCAACACCUCGCCCACAUCCAUCCUCUACAAAUGAUUUUUCAACGACAUCCUCAUCUCCCACCCUUGUCUCCACCGCAUCGACUGGCCUGAUCGCAUGCACUGUCUGGCUGUCUGACUACGAGUCGGAUGCCUCAACACUGCGCCACUAUCUAUUCGUUCUCUGCGCAAGCGCAUGUCCAGCAACUCAAUUCUAUUUCAUCGUCUGCGGGAAUUUUGAACGCUCAACAUCUUUGUAUUCCAACUACCGAUCGAUAAUCAAAGUUUGGGGUAUGCAAAAUAUGGUAGGGACACUGGCGCGUAUAAUUCCUGGACUCUUACGCGCGGAGAAGCUCAUAUUCGCCCCAUCACCCAUUUGGACCCUCAUUUUCCUGCCCUGCUUCAACAUUCGUGAAAGCACCCCUUUUCUCAGUAUCAAGCCCGCCUACGUUUCAAUGGCACCGUCUACCAGAAAUGCAGCCCGUCGUGGUGCUACCGGUACUGGCACUCAUGACCCCACAGUGUCUGGCACCUAUGUCAUGCGCACACGCAGUGGUGUUGCCAUCAACCCCCCCGCCAAACAAAAUAAUAAGCGCCAAAGAAAUGCUGUCCCCGAGUCAUCUCCUGCUCCGGAUGACCCUCACCGGCCAAAACCUCGUCCUUUACCCCGACGUUCCUCGGGUACGACCUUUGAGGACUAUGCUCGAAUCCUUGCUCGCCCUCGCAAACAACACUUAAAACCCACAGCGGACUCCGUCUCUUCUGGAAUGGAGUUGCAAAGCGACCAUCCCCCAGAUACACCUGACAUCGACGAUGACGUACCCGUUACGGACACUCGCAUGGAUGAUGAUAUGAACGGCGGGGCGGCUAACGAAGAUGAGGAUGAGGAUAAUGAUGGCUCCAAGGUGAUAGCGACAACGACGCCAAGGAUGGCGAUGAAGAGCCUGAGGGUGGCGAUGAAGAGCUUGAGGGGUGGCGAUGAAGAGCCUGAGGGUGGCGAAAAUAACAAGGACUUCGAGACUUCACAAGAGACUUCGGCCUCGAAGGGUCAAGAAGGGCAGCUACAAUUUACAUUCGAUGAUGGUUCUCAAAGCUCUUCAUCGGAUACCAGCUACCGUGAAGGCCCGCCCCGCAAGAUUGAUCAAGAUUCCGCCCAUGAGUCAGAUGCAAACAAAGACCUCGACCCCAAACCACAACAGCCCGUCUUCACCGCCUGCUAA